CGUGGCGGCGGCCGGAGUGAUGCUGCUCAAGCUCCUACAGAGACAGACCUAUACCUGCCUGUCCCACAGGUAUGGGCUCUACGUCUGCUUCGUGGGCAUCGUUGUCACCAUCGUGUCAGCCUUCCAAUUCGGAGAGGUGGUUCUGGAAUGGAGCCGGGAUCAAUACCACGUUUUAUUUGAUUCCUAUCGAGACAAUAUUGCUGGAAAGUCCUUUCAAAAUCGACUCUGUCUGCCCAUGCCAAUAGAUGUGGUCUACACCUGGGUUAAUGGCACUGAUCUUGAGCUGCUAAAGGAACUACAGCAAGUCAGAGAACAGAUGGAGGAGGAGCAGAAAGCGAUGAGAGAAAUCCUUGGGAAGAACACAACGGAACCAACUAAAAAAAGUGAGAAGCAGUUGGAGUGUUUGCUGACCCACUGCAUUAAGGUGCCAAUGCUCGUCCUGGACCCAGCCCUGCCAGCCAGCAUCACACUGAAGGACCUGCCAUCUCUCCAUCCUUCUUUCCACUCUGCCAGUGAUACAUUCAAUGUUGCAAAGCCAAAAAACCCUUCCACUAAUGUCUCGGUCGUCGUUUUCGACAGCAUUAAGGAUGUUGAAGAUGCCCAUGCUGAAACAUCUAAAGGAAACAGCAAACAGACAGUUUGGAGAGGGUAUUUGACAACAGAUAAAGAAGUCCCUGGGUUAGUGCUAAUGCAAGAUUUGGUUUUCCUGAGUGGAUUUCCACCAACAUUCAAGGAAACUAAUCAACUAAAAACAAAAUUGCCAGAAAAUCUUUCUUCUAAAAUAAAACUGUUGCAGCUAUAUUCGGAGGCAAGUGUAGCCCUUCUAAAAUUGAAUAACCCCAAGGGUUUCCAAGAACUGAAUAAACAAACUAAGAAAAACAUGACCAUUGAAGGAAAAGAACUGACCAUAAGUCCUGCGUAUCUAUUAUGGGACCUGAGUGCCAUCAGCCAGUCGAAGCAGGAUGAAGACGUGUCUGCCAGCCGUUUUGAAGACAACGAAGAGCUAAGGUACUCCUUGCGGUCUAUCGAGAAGCAUGCACCGUGGGUCCGGAAUGUUUUCAUUGUCACCAAUGGGCAGAUCCCAUCAUGGCUGAACCUGGACAAUCCUCGAGUGAAAAUAGUGACGCACCAGGCUGUUUUUCAGAAUUUGAGCCACUUGCCAACCUUUAGUUCACCUGCUAUUGAAAGUCACAUCCAUCGCAUUGAAGGGCUGUCACAGAAGUUUAUUUACCUGAACGAUGAUGUCAUGUUUGGGAAGGACGUCUGGCCGGAUGAUUUCUACAGCCAUUCCAAAGGCCAGAAAGUUUAUUUGACGUGGCCUGUGCCGAACUGUGCUGAGGGCUGCCCGGGUUCCUGGAUCAAGGAUGGCUAUUGUGACAAAGCCUGUAAUAACUCGGCCUGUGACUGGGAUGGAGGCGAUUGCUCUGGGAACAGUGGAGGCAGCCGCUAUGUUGCAGGAGGCGGCGGCACUGGGAGUGUUGGAGUUGGACAGCCCUGGCAGUUUGGUGGCGGAAUAAGCAGUAUUUCUUAUUGUAAUCAAGGAUGUGCAAAUUCCUGGCUCGCGGAUAAGUUUUGUGACCAAGCCUGCAACGUCUUGUCUUGUGGGUUUGAUGCUGGUGACUGUGGGCAAGAUCAUUUUCAUGAAUUAUAUAAAGUCACACUUCUCCCAAACCAGACUCACUAUGUUCUUCCAAAAGGUGAAUGCCUGCCUUACUUCAGCUUUGCAGAAAUAGCCAAAAGAGGACUAGAAGGUGCCUAUAGUGACAACCCAGUCAUCCGACAUGCGUCCAUUGCCAACAAGUGGAAAACCAUCCAUCUGAUAAUGAACAGUGGAAUGAAUGCGACCACCAUACAUUUCAAUCUCACGCUUCAAGAUAAAAAUGACGACGAGUUCAAAAUCCAGAUAACAGUAGAGGUUGACACAAGAGAGGAACCUAAACUAAAUUCUACCACCCAAAAGUCUCAUGAAAAGUUGGGGAGCCCAAGCACAGUUCUUCCAGAGAUGGAAGUCCUGUUUGAAGAUGUUCCUGUGGAAAAACGCUUCCCGAAGUUCAAGAGACGCGAUGGUAACACAACAGGGAGACUCCAGGAGGACAUGCAGAUUCCCCGGGUCAAUAUUUCACUUCUUCCAAAAGAGACCCAGUUAACUCUCCAUAACUUGGAUUUGCAACUAGAGCAAGGAGACCUCACUCUGAAAGGAUACAAUCUGUCCAAAUUGGCCUUGCUGCGGUCAUUUCUGAUAAACUCAGAGUUGAAAGAAAGUGAAGCUGGAAAGACAGAUGAAAGAGAUGACCACUUGGAUGCCCCACUGGAAAAACGAGUUCACAGAGAUGCUUUGGCAAAAAGCUUUGAAGCAUCUGAAAGACUUCAGGGGUCUACUUUUCUAGCAGUGCCAGCAAAAAGGAAUGACCACAUCCAGGGUCAUCCACCCCAGGAAUCAGAGACCAAAGCAGGAUUUAGAUCAGAAACCCAGGCCCCAAAAGUAGGAGGCAAAAGUAUGUCAAACGAGAAGCUACACUCACAGAUUGUUCCACCGGAAGACCAUGUGAACAAAGAAAAGAAAAUCAUAGGGAAAGAAAAGGAGAAAACCAGUUUGGAGGAAAAUGCUAAAAAUAACAUUGGUGUUAAUGAAGUAUUACCUGGAAGGAAACUUCAGCACUAUAUAGAAAGCUACCUGGGCUUUUUGCCAUGGGAAAAAAAGAAAUAUUUCCAGGAUCUUCUUGAUGAAGAAGAGUCACUAAAGACACAAUUGGCCUACUUUACUGAGAGCAAAUACACUGGAAGACAACUGAAAGAUACGUUUGCAGAUUCCCUCCGCUACGUCAAUAAGAUUCUAAACAGCAAAUUUGGAUUCACUUCUCGGAAAGUCCCCGCACACAUGCCUCACAUGAUUGACCGAAUUGUUAUGCAAGAGCUGCAAGAUAUGUUCCCUGAAGAAUUUGACAAGACGUCAUUCCACAAAGUCCGUCAUUCUGAGGAUAUGCAGUUUGCCUUCUCUUAUUUUUAUUAUCUCAUGAGUGCGGUACAACCACUGAAUAUAUCUCAAGUUUUUGAUGAAGUGGAUACAGACCAAUCUGGUGUCUUGUCUGACAGAGAAAUCCGAACACUGGCUACCAGAAUUCACGACUUGCCUUUAAGUUUGCAGGAUUUGACAGGUCUGGAACAUAUGUUAAUAAAUUGCUCAAAAAUGCUUCCUUCCAAUAUCAGUCAGUUAAACACUAUUCCACCAACUCAGGAGGCAUACUAUGAUCCCAAUCUGCCACCCGUCACAAAGAGUCUAGUAACCAACUGUAAGCCAGUAACUGAUAAAAUCCACAAAGCAUAUAAGGACAAAAACAAAUAUAGGUUUGAAAUCAUGGGAGAAGAAGAGAUUGCUUUUAAAAUGAUCCGUACCAAUGUUUCUCAUGUGGUUGGCCAGUUGGAUGACAUAAGGAAAAACCCCAGGAAAUUUGUUUGCCUGAAUGACAAUAUUGACCACAAUCAUAAAGAUGCGCAGACAGUGAAGGCUGUUCUCAGGGACUUUUAUGAAUCCAUGUUCCCCAUCCCAUCCCAAUUUGAGCUGCCAAGAGAGUAUCGGAACCGAUUUCUUCAUAUGCAUGAGCUACAAGAAUGGAGGGCGUAUCGGGAUAAACUGAAGUUUUGGACCCAUUGCGUACUAGCAACAUUGAUUAUAUUUACUGUAUUCUCUUUUUUUGCUGAACAGCUAAUUGCACUAAAGCGGAAAAUAUUUCCCAGAAGGAGAAUACUCAAAGAAGCUAGUCCGGAUCGAAUCAGGGUAUAG